CCCUCUUUUUAAGUUUGAAAACCCCCGAAACCUCAAUUUUGGUGCUCCCUCUCUCCCUUUCCGUCUUCCAAAACCCUACGCUCUCUUUUUCUCCCUAGCUUUCUGCUCUAAGGUCUAAAAGAUCUCCCUCGCUCUUGUUCUAAUUCAAAUAUCCCAUUACAUUCCUCACUUAUUUACUUUAAAACCCUUCCUCGUUUUCAUCUCACCCGCUAUCUAAACCCUAGGGCUAGCAAUCCACAGAGUGAUUACUGAGCCAGCCAUGGACUGGAACCCACAAACCCUACAUUUUCUCUCCGAGUGCUUUCUCCACACCCUCUCACCAUCCCCUGAGCCUCGCCGCCGUGCCGAGGCCUCGCUUUUGGAGGCCUCCGACCGCCCUAACUACGGCCUCGCCGUCCUACGCCUCGUCGCCGAGCCCUCCGUCGACGACCAGAUCCGCCAGGCCGCCGCCGUCAACUUCAAGAACCAUCUCCGGGGCCGAUGGGCCCCCGCUGCGUCACCGGACGAAGCCAAUGCCGGACCUUUGCCAUCUCCCAUCAUCGAUUCCGAGAAGGACCAGAUCAAAGCCCUAAUAGUCUCCCUCAUGCUCUCUGCCACUCCCCGGAUCCAGAGCCAGCUCAGCGAAGCCCUAGCCAUCAUCGGCAAGCACGAUUUUCCGAAAUCGUGGCCCGGCUUGCUACCCGAGCUUGUUUCAAGCCUCCAGAAGGCAUCGCAGGCAUCCGAUUACGCCUCCGUUAACGGUAUUCUAGGUACUGCCAAUUCUAUCUUUAAGAAAUUUCGAUACCAGUUUAAGACCAAUGAUCUUUUGCUUGAUUUGAAGUAUUGUUUGGACAAUUUCGCUGCACCUUUAUUGGAAAUUUUCCUUAAAACUGCCGCAUUGAUUGAUUCCACUGCGAAUUCGGGUGGGUCUGCCCUUGCCCUACGCCCGCUGUUUGAGUCUCAGAGGCUAUCCUGUAGGAUUUUCUAUUCGUUGAAUUUUCAAGAAUUGCCCGAGUUUUUUGAGGACCAUAUGAAGGAGUGGAUGACUGAGUUUCGGAAAUACUUGAUCACUAAUUAUCCCGCACUCGAGAGUAGCGGUGCUGAUGGACUUGCUCUCGUUGAUGACCUUCGCGCUGCAGUGUGUGAAAAUAUCAAUCUCUAUAUGGAAAAGAACGAGGAGGAGUUUCAAGGCUACUUGAAUGAUUUUGCAUCUGCGGUGUGGAAUUUACUAGGAAACGUAUCUCAAGCAUCAAGCCGUGAUCAGCUUGCAAUUACAGCAAUCAAAUUUUUGACCACCGUCAGCACUAGUGUGCACCAUGCUUUGUUUCAGGGUGAGGGAGUGAUACCACAGAUUUGUCAGAGUAUUGUCAUCCCAAAUGUGAGGUUGAGGGAUGAGGAUGAGGAACUCUUUGAGAUGAAUUAUGUUGAAUUCAUCAGGAGGGAUAUGGAAGGGAGCGAUCUGGAUACUAGGAGGAGGAUUGCAUGUGAGCUUCUUAAAGGCAUUGCAACAAAUUACAAGAAUCAGGUCACUACUUUGGUUUCUGUACAGAUACAGAAUCUUUUAAGCUCAUUUGCCACAAACCCCACUGCAAACUGGAAGGACAAGGAUUGUGCCAUAUAUUUGGUUGUCUCCCUUGCAACUAAGAAAGCUGGUGGAACUUCUGUCUCAACAGAUCUUGUUGAUGUUCAGAACUUCUUUGGAUCAGUUAUUGUUCCAGAAUUGCAGAGUCAGGACGUGAAUGGGUUUCCGAUGCUUAAGGCUGGUGCACUUAAAUUUUUCACCAUGUUCCGGAAUCAUAUUCCAAAGAAUGUUGCAGUGCAAUUGUUUCCAGAUUUGAUUCGGUUCCUUGGUGCAGAGUCAAAUGUGGUUCACUCUUAUGCUGCUAGCUGUAUUGAAAAACUUUUGCUGGUCAAGGAUGAGGGAGGACGGCCACGAUUUACGGCAGUAGAUAUUUCUCCAUUUUUCUUAGUUCUGAUGGAAAAACUCUUUAAAGCCAUGAAGUUUCCAGAAUCUGAGGAGAAUCAAUAUGUAAUGAAAUGUAUCAUGCGUGUUCUUGGUGUUGCAGAUAUAUCUCCUGAGAUUGCUGGACAGUGCAUUACUGGUUUGACAUCUAUUCUUAGUGAAGUUUGCAAAAACCCUAAAAAUCCAAUCUUUAACCACUAUCUGUUUGAGUCAGUGGCUAUUCUUGUCAAGAGAGCCUGCGAGAAGGACUCUUCUCUAAUAUCAGCCUUUGAAACAAGCCUCUUUCCCAGCCUUGAGAUGAUAUUGACCAAUGAUGUAACCGAGUUCUUUCCUUAUGCAUUUCAGCUGCUGGCUCAGCUUGUGGAGUUGAAAAGGCCAUCCCUUCCUUUGAGCUACAUGGGGAUUUUUGAGAUCCUUCUUUCACCUGAGUCAUGGAAGAGAAAUUCCAAUGUCCCAGCACUUGUGCGUUUGCUUCAGGCUUUCCUUCAGAAGGCACCCAAUGAACUCAACCAAGAGGGAAGACUGAGCCAGGUGCUUGGGAUUUUUAAGAAGCUUGUCUCUUCACCAAGCUCAGCUGAACAGGGUUUCUAUGUGCUAAAUACUGUUAUUGAGAACCUUGAAUAUAAUGUAAUUGCACCCUAUAUUUGUCACAUUUGGGCAGCGCUUUUCACAGAACUGCAACAUAGGGGAACAGUAAAAUUCAUCAAAUCUCUGUUGAUAUUUAUGUCACUCUUUAUCGUCAAGCAUGGUUCCACAAACCUUAUAGAUACAGUGAACGCUGUUGAACCUGGUGUCUUUCUGAAGAUCUUAGAGCAAGUUUGGAUGCCUAAUCUUAAGCUUAUCACUGGAGCUAUUGAGACCAAGUUGACUUCAGUUGCAUCAACCAGACUUAUAUGUGAAUCUCCAAGCCUUUUGAAUGCUGCAGAUGGUGGUCAACUUUGGGGGAAAAUGCUGGAUAGCAUUGUUACACUUCUUUCACGGCCUGAGCAGGAUAGGAUUGAGGAAGAACUAGAGAUGCCUGAUAUUGCUGAAAAUGUUGGUUACACGACCACCUUUGUCCGUCUAUAUAAUGCUGGGAAGAAAGAGGAGGACCCUCUAAAAGAUGUAAAGGAUCCGAAGGAAUUUUUGGUUUUGGCAUUGGCAAGGCUUUCUGCCCUUUACCCUGGGAGGUUGCCCCAAAUCAUCAGCCAAUAUCUUGAUCCAACCAAUCAGCCAGCAUUACUUCAACUCUGCAGCACUUACAAUUGCCCCAUCGUUUGAGAUCUUCAGUUGGCUGCUUUAUGUUCAAAGUUGGAACGAAUCUUGAAUCGGCUUGUGGUUAUGAGCUACAGUAAUUGCAGACAAGACAAUUUGGUGAACGGGUGUCAUCCAUUUUUGUAAACAUCAUCAGAUCUUUAUGGCAGUGUUGUGGAAAUUUUGGUUUCAUCCAGCUAGCAGCUGGUGGUUCACGGUGUUAUUCAUCUGGGUUUUGGUGUUUAAAAACCCUCCUGUAUUUGGGCUCUUUACUUCGUUUGGUCAAAACUGUUUUAUCUCAAUUUCACAUCAUGCAUGUGUCAACAAUUGUAGAUUUUUGUUUUUACAGGCAAUUGUAAUGACUCUUUUUUAAUAUCAUUUUAAUAUAUAAUUCAUGUA